GCUUCCGAAGUUUUCCGCUUCCUUCGCGUUUCCGUUUAACGCUUCGCAGACCCCGGGUUUAAAGGCUGUCUCUGCAGCUGCUGAAUCCCGACGUGAGGAGGUUGGGUGGGUUCCAAGCUUCAGCGCAGGCGCCGAGAGGCCCCAACUGGCGAAACAAAGGGUGACGCCGGGAGCCUUCGAGAUGGCGGCCGAGCCGGGGAGUACGGGCCAGUGGAACCCAGCGCCCCCGGAGAAAGAAGCAGCUUCGCCGGUGAAACUGGAGGAGCCUGCCGCUAGCCUGGAGUCCCCAGAGGCCGCGGCCGCGCUCCGUGGCCGUGCGGCCCCCGAGGCCUCUCCCCCUGGCCCUGCAGCAACCGCUGCCUCGCCCCCGUCCCCAGUCCAGUUCCCCGCCGCCCUCGAGGCCUCGCCCCCGGCGCCCGGCCCGGGGCCCCGGCCCGGCCCGGAGACGUUCCGCCAGCGCUUCCGGCAGUUCCGCUACCACGAGGCGGCGGGGCCGCGCGAGGCGUUCCGUCAGCUCCGCGAACUCUCCCGCCAGUGGCUGCGGCCCGAGGUCCGAACCAAGGAGCAGAUCGUGGAGAUGCUGGUGCAGGAGCAGCUCAUGGCCAUCCUGCCCGAGGAGAUCCGGGCCCGCCGGCGAGGCCGCCGUGGAGAUGUCCGCAUCACGGGCUGACCGCGGGAGUCCGAGGCCCCGCCGGCUGGCAAGCCAGGAGCGGCCGCCGCGACGCCGGGCCGCAUUGGGUCUCCCCGUACCGAGCUUGCCACCGAG